CAUAGGUACCUAUAAUAGGUAUCUACUACGCGUCGCGCUGCCCGACAACGUCCUGUCUUCUCUACUCUUUUACCCAAACAUGAUUAACCAAACGCACCACCACACACCUUAGCAUAAUGUAGCCAUUAAAUGUAGCGAUCAUGAUUAUGAUAGAAAAAGAACAGCAGGAAACCAUUCAAGCCCAUCCUCUUGGCACACACCUUGAUGUAGUAUACACUUCGUUCGACAAAGACCCUGCCGAGCUAGAGACAGCUAGCCAUGAAGUGAUCCAGAGUCUAGGCUUUCUCGUCCUCUCCGUAUUAAGGAACCAUGUGGCCUCCCGCCUUCUACCGUCUCAAACGGGACAGGAUAAUCUCGGCGGCGAUAUCGUAAAACUCAUUUCUUUGAUUGCUUCCGAUGCUUCCUACUCCGACCGAAUCAAACCCCUUCUACAUGCUGUUUUUGCCCGCCGACCCGAUGUUGAAAUCUGGGAACAAGUCUACCGCGCUGUUACCGAAUCUACCCCACCCCUAAAAGCCAUCUCUUCUUUCCUCCAGACACCAUGGCGCCUCACUACAAAUAGCGUUGUAAAUUCUUCUGAGAAGCGCGAUGAGAUGGACAGAUUACUCAGUGAUGAGCUUGGCGUUAUGUACAUUGAUGUUCCGAAUUUCUACGAAGCUUUCUGGGGCUGCAUCCCAGAGCUCGAGACGGCAUCCAAAGACAUCUUCCAGAAGUGUACUCAAGGGCCACAACCCCCUUUUCAACAAGGCUGGACCGGAUGGCCAAAGAAUGCUAAGCAAGAAAGCGUUCUUGCUUGGCUUGCCGACAUUGUCAAACGCUUUCUGCAAUGGGCGCAGGAGUACAGACCAACAACAACGCGGAGGUUAUUAGCACAGCCCGACACGCCACUCCAGGGCUCGGUCGCGAAGCGUAAGUUGGACGUUGGGAUUGUGGACGACCCUAAGGCCGGCAAAGCGGGAAAGUACCACUGGUCAAAUAUUCUUGUACCUGGCGAGCUAAAGAGCAACCCGAACGACGAUACAGCAUCUGAGGCACACCUUGACAUAGGAAGAUACGCGAAGGAAGUCUUUACUGCUCAACCCACGCGGCGCUUUGUCUUGGCUUUUACGCUAUGUGGAAGUUGGAUGCGGCUUUGGGAAUUCGACCGGCUUGGAGGCAUCGCGUCCGAAAAGUUCGAUAUUAACAAGGACGGACACCGUUUCGUGUCGACGAUUCUUGGUUUCUUUUGGAUGGACGACGAGGCCCUCGGCUUCGACCCUACGAUCAUCAAAUCGGAACAUCAACAAUAUAUCGAAAUCCGACAGGAUACGAAGACGGAACGUUUAAUUCUAGACAAAGUCAUCAGAUCGGCGCAUAGCAUAGUAGGCCGUGCGACCAUCUGCUGGAGAGCAUACUCGGAAGGAGAUAAGUCCAGGCCGCUUGUUAUCAAGGAUUCAUGGCAAUUCCCAGAACGUGACGAGGAAGGCGAGCUGCUGCAGCAAGCGACCCGCCAAGGGGUAACAAACGUGGCGCGUCAUUACUACCACGAGAGAGUGCGUAUACAGGCAAAAGAUGACGAUAUCCAGGGCAAUGUUCGGAGAGGGCUAGAUAUCACCAGAGCAAGCAACUACCGAACGGGGCGUGCACGUAACUUGCAGACCCCGACCUCAGAAGCUAUAUCGCGUAAUAGCUCUACCGGCUCGAAACGAUCAUCCAGCCAGAUUAGUGCCCUGCUUCCACCCAGCAAACGCUCUCGUUCCGGUUCUGCAUCUCCUACAAAGCACGAUAACGAACCCCCUCCAAACCGAAUACACCGACGUAUCGUUCUCUGCGAUUAUGGGGAGCCUAUUUACAAGGCAAGUUCCCCAGCUGCCUUACUUGCUGCGCUAGAAGGGUGCAUUACAGGACAUGAGUCUCUUCUUAAGGCUGGCUUCCUCCACAGAGAUAUCUCGAUCAACAAUCUUAUGAUAAAUAAGGGCAACAAGGAGUCUAGUUUCUCUUCGUUUUUGAUCGAUCUAGACCUCGCAAUCAAGGUUGAUCGAAUAGAGGCGUCGGGGGCAAAGGGAAUUACUGGUACGAGAGCGUUUAUGGCAAUCGGUGUUCUCCUGGGCGAAGACCACACGUUUAUGCAUGACCUCGAGUCCUUCUUCUGGGUGCUUUUCUGGAUAUGUAUCCACUACAAGGGGCCGGGCCAGGAAGGAAAGCCUACUAAGUAUGAAAAUUGGAACUACGAAAAUCCCGAAUCCCUGGCAACUUACAAGGCGGGGACAAUCUCUAAGGAAAGUGAUUUUAUUCGCACUAUGGAAAACAAUUUUACAUCAUACUAUCAGGUACUACGACCUUGGGUCAACAGGUUGCGACGAGUAGUGUUCCCAAACGGUGGUAGAUGGGAGGGAAAAAAUGAGGUCCUUUAUUCACAGAUGAGGCAGGUCCUUUCCGCAGGCAAAAAUGAUCCAUUAGUAAUAGCAAAUCAAUAUAUUUAUUAGCUUCUUGGUGUCACGAACUAAUAGCACGGGAGCCAUAUCUGGUAUGGAAGGGUUAGGGUUAGGGUUAAGUGACUUGGAAAAGGAUUGUUCGACUUGUAGAAAAAACUAAAAAAUUAAUAUACGAGUAUAUUAAUUAUUCCAUUUUUUGGAAAUGAAAAAUAGUUUUAUUAUAUAUAGUUUUUUAAAGUAAAAAUAUGCUAAAUAUAAGAUAUUUAAGUAAAAACUUAUAUUAAA